UUGAAGAAACACGUUUGGCCCGUUAAGUAACUCCAAAAGGUUGGCCCAUUCCAUAUGGCCCACUAUUAUAUUAAUAAGGGAUGUCGUAUUUGGGAUUGGCGCGUAAAUCGUAGUCGAUGAGUUUGAGGAGGCUGAAAGUGACGGAGGGUGAACCGGCGAGCCCAAACCCUAACGUCGACGGUGACGAUACCAUCAAGGCCAAAAGGCAGACGGUGGUUCUGGGCAAUGGAAGCGAAGUUGUGUUCAUACCAAGACUGAUUAGCUUCGAUCAGGCUUGGAAAUGGUUCGAUUACCUCGACACCCAAAUCGCUUGGACCCGACCCACCAUUCGUGUCUUCGGCCGCUCCUGCCUCCAGCCUAGAGAUACAUGUUAUGUAGCAAGCCCAGGACUUCCCCAAUUGGUUUACAGCGGGUACCAGCCUCGUGCCUAUUCAUGGGAUGAUCAUCCUCUACUUAAACAAAUCUUGGAAGCGGUCCAUAAAGCUCUUCCUGGAAGCAGUUUUAAUAGCUCGCUCUUGAAUAGGUAUAAAAGUGGUAAUGACUAUGUUGGCUGGCAUUCUGAUGAUGAGAAGCUUUAUGGUUCUACUCCUGAAAUUGCAUCCUUAACCCUUGGAUGUGACCGUGAAUUCUUCUUGAAGAAGAAGAAACCCAGUAAAACAGUCCAAGAAAGAAGAGAUGAGCAAGAACCUGCAAGUAAGCGCAUAAAGAGGAAUCAUGCUGAUCAGCACUCUUUCAUGCUUAAGCAUGGAUCACUUUUGGUGAUGAGAGGUUACACUCAAAGGGAUUGGAUGCACUCGGUGCCUAAGCGGUCAAAAGUAGAGGCAACUCGUAUUAACCUCACCUUCAGAAAUGUUCUUGAAGAACCUGGUGCGUCUGCGGCUAAGUAACUUCACCACAUCUGUACUUUCUCCUAAGGGAAGAAUGCAGAGCUGAUUUCUUGGCCUUUUUGUUCUUUUGGGGCCUUUUAUGUUGGUUAGUUAUGAAGAUUGUGGAUGUCUUGUCUGAACCAGUUCAGUUGGUAUGUGCUCGUAUGUAAGUAUGUAUGUAUGUUAUAUUUCUUUGGGGUAAAACAGGAUUUACAAUGCUCUGUUAUUUUUCUCA